GUUUCCAAGAUGGCAGCAGAAUCAGACCACUUUUGUUUACAGCGUCUUUACGACCUGUUUUACGCCUGUCAUGCAGAAGAUGGAACUAUAUGCUUGGAAAAUUAUGUUACUGCAUACUAUGAAAUAUCUAAGUUGCUAAAGCUCAUGGGAACAGUAUUUGGGUUUGUGAAGUCUGAUGUUGAUGAAAAAAUUGAGAUACUUCAAGAAUUCAGGAAGUCUGAUAUAGGUGACAAGUACAAAACUAUACAAGGGAUGAUCGAGUAUGAGGUUGAAACAAAAACAACAAACAACAAGAAAAAGGCGUCAGGGGCAAGAACUUUAUUAAGACUUCACCGUGCUUUGGAGUUCAUUGUUGAUCUGUUUAAAGCAUUGAAGGAAUCGGGUGAACAUGACAAAAUGUCAGCUAUCACUUCCAAGAGCUACUACCGUACCUUGUCCAAGCACCAUCCAUGGCUCAUCAGAAAGGGUGUCGAUGUUGCCGUGUACACUCUGCCUUCUCGCAAACAUUUUAUAGAGAAGCUGAAGAUCUCUGAUAUGUCUCAGGCUGAGAAGUUGCUGGAAUCAACAGCUGCCCUUGGACACAAGAUCUUCGAUGUGGUUGAGCAAGCGUACACAGAUAAUAAACUUCAUGAUCUUCCUUGAAGUUAAAUUUAAUGAAACACUAAUACCUUAUCACUUUAAACAUACAUAAUUUAUAGUUAUAUGUUCAUUCAAAGCUUGUGUGUGCAAUUUGUUUCAAAGAACUAAAUGUAUUCAGUUUAUCCAAUAAACUGUUUGUGUUGUCAGACUACAGUGCAAUUUUUGCAAUGCUGUGCAUUUUAAUUGCUGUGCUUCAAUUGCUUCUAUUUUGUUGUAAAGUCAAUUAUAAUAGCUAAAAUAUAAAUUUCCCUAAUAAUUAUAAUAUGUAAAUUGUAUCAAAACUCAAAAUCUCUGUAUAUAUUUGCACAUUUAUAUUCUUAAUUUUAUAUUACACACUAACAGUAUUUCGUGAAGUUUAAUGGGAAAUGAAUGGGACAUACACAUGUUUAUGAAGCUUAAUGGAAUAACAAAUAUGACAAAACCAUUACACUAUGCAUCACAUGUAGUGAUAGCCCUGAUAAAUAUAUACAAAUGUUGUUUCUUUACGGUUGCAGAUGGGUCAAAUGUUCGUUCUGUCUAUUGGCUGUCUUUCAUUAGUUUAUUUGUCUUCUAAAUAAUGCUUCGUCUGUGAUACUAGUCUGUGCACAUUUAAGUUAUAAAUUGUAAUCAAUAUUACUACAGAUUUAGUAAUUUGAAAGAUGUUGAUAUGUGUUGUUUAGUUUAAUAAGAUUGUUUUUGGUAAUGUGGAACAAUUAAGUUUCUUUCAGUUUCGAUUCCAGGGAACCAUUUUUUGGCAAAUCAGUUUUGUUUUUUAAAACAAUUGAUAUGACAUUAUUAAAAAGUACAGAUUAUGCCUCACAUUGGUAAUGACCAAGUUUGAAUAUCAAAAGAUUCCAUUGAAUCUGAUUUCAUGUCCAUUUGUUUGUCAAGAGCAUUUGCACAUUUUUAAAUGUUUGUUAUAAAUAUUGAAAUCAGGGUCAUUUUUAGUGUCAUGUCAGUUGUGGAAUCAUGCCUUAGUUAUCCUUUCAAACCUUUCUCACCAUUUGUGCUGUUUAUGCACUGUCCUUUCCUUUUUUUGUUGGCAGCAGUAUUUUUAAAACUGAGUUAUUUUAUUAAAUCUUAUGAAAAAAACAAACAACUGGCAGAUAUUCACUUUUUUUUUGGUAAUUCUAAGCCAUAAAUGUAUCAUUUUUCAAAAGCAUAAACUUUGCUCUCCAGCAAAAUGUAUUUUCAUUUAUAAAAUAAAUUGUUUGAUAUCUGAUCUUGUUAAACAUGAACGAGUCCCUUUAAAACUCACAUCUCCACACGCCAAAGAUGGUAUUAUAUUGAAUUUACCAUAUAUCCUUCAAUCACCUUUCAUUAAUACAUGUUGUAUUUUACAUGGGUAGAACUUCUUAACCAAGAGUUUGUUUUUACAAGACUUUGUUGUCACAAAAAAUAAAUGUUUACACAUA